AUGGAGCAAGUUAAUCAGACUCUGCAGAGUGUAGAAAUCAACUCUACUCGCUGUCCAUCCAUCGAUGACUUCCGGAAUCAAGUUUACACCACAAUCUUCUCCCUCAUCACGGUGAUUGGCCUGGCUGGAAAUGGCUUUGCCCUGGUGGUGCUGAUCCGAACGUACCAUCCUAAUUCUCCUUUCCAAUUCUACAUGCUGAAUCUCAUUGUGUCCGACCUGUUGCUCGUCAGCACUCUGCCCAUGCGGGUUGUUUAUUACGUCAACAUAGGACAAUGGAACCUGGGCGAUUUCCUAUGUCGCAUUAGCUCCUGGUCCCUUUAUGUCAACCUCUACUGCAGCAUUUACUUCAUGACGGCCAUGUCCGUGACACGUUUCGUGGCCAUUGUCUUCCCGGUGCAGAACAGACUGAUGGUGACAAUGAAAUGUACGCGCCUGGUUUGUGUGACUAUUUGGAUUUUCAUCUGUCUCGUAUCGUCCCCCUUCCUCACCUUUGGCCAGAAAUUUGAUCCAUUAACUAAUAAGACAAAGUGCUUUGAACCUCCGAUGGGUCAAAAUGUGUCAAAAGUAUUCUUAUUGAACAAUUUGUCUUUAGUGCUGGGUUUUUUACUCCCUUUUCUUAUUAUACUGCUCUGCUAUGCUGGAAUUAUUUACACCUUACUUUACCGCACAAUGGGGGUGGGGCGUCAGCAGGAGACAGGCCCAAAAGCCAUUCGAUUGAUCGUCAUUGUCUUGCUGACUUUCUUAUUUUGCUUCACACCAUAUCAUGUGCAACGCUCCGUUCAUUUACACUUCUUGUCGCGGCCUCACACUUCCUGUUCUCAAACGGUUUCUAUGCAGAAGUCAGUUGUAGUGACACUGUGUCUCGCAGCAGCCAAUACGUGCUUUGACCCGUUGCUUUACUUUUUCUCUGGAGAAGCUUUUCUCAAGCGUCUUUCUUCUAUGCGCCCGUCACGAUCAACUGGCACCCAUAACAACUCUGUAAGGCAAAAUACAGAAACUGAAAAUAACCAACAGCUCAAUGCCACUGCUUGUAUACCCAAUGGACAAUGA